GGCGACGUGGAAAACAUGGUGGAUGGGAGUCUGUAGAGUAAACUUAGCUGUCAAAAAUACAUUACAAUUUCAAGUAUUUGCCUCUGUUAAUUACAUUCGUUAAAAAACUGGGACAAAACUGCAGUUCGGUGUUACCAAACAGCCUCCUGUUGACGGUCCUGCGAGCCGACAGAGCCACAGAAACUGCGAGAAGCAUUUAUGACAGGAUUUGGCAUAUGCCCGGUGAAAAAGCUGUGAAAGGUGGCGAGUCUGGCUGAGUGCAGCCAGUAAAGAUGGGAGCCAACACGAGCCAGGUCAGCGACCUGUCUGAUAACCCCAGCCUCAAGGCUCUGGUGGGCACGGAGUCCAUAUCAGAGAAUGACCCUUUUUGGAAUCAGCUCAUCUCCUUCACUUUCAUCAGUCCCACUAGCAGUGGAGACUCUAAGUUGCUGGAGGAAGCUGUCAUUCCCUUGGCCAAGACCCUCAUUGAAAACAAUCCCAGAACAGGAAACUUUGGUGCUCUUGUGAGAAUUUUCCUGGGAAGAACCAAAGAGCUGAAAAUCUCUACAGAAUGCCAAGAUCAGCUGUUUAUCUGGCAGGCCCACAAUGCACUGUUCAUGAUUCGCUGCCUGCUCAAGGUGUUCAUCAGGGAGAUGAGCGAGGAGGAGCUGCACCUACAGUUCUCCUACCAGGAGAGGGCACCAGGCUUCUGUGGAGAAACAGGGAGCGAAGACCUCCUCGAGGAGCUGUUGUCCAACCUUGUUCACCUGAUUGUUGAAGUGCCCCUGCUUGACAUCACCUAUAGCAUCCUGUUUGAAGCAGUGACCACGCUGCUGGUGUUCUUCUCCUAUCAGCUCUUCCACAAAGACAUCCUCCGUGAUGGAAUAAUCUACCAGCACAUCAUGAAGGGACGCUGUUUGUGUUUAACCAGUCGACUGGUGAAGACGCUGCUCUACAACUUCAUCAGGCAGGAGAAGUGUCCUCCUGCAACCCAUAUUUUUGAGCCAAAAGCUGAAGGCGGCUUGCUUUAUGGCCUGGCGUCAGGGGUGGCAAGUGGUCUGUGGAGUGUCUUCACAUUGGGUGGAGCUGGCAGCAAAGCUGGAAUAGACCAGGAACACAACCCCUUACCUUUGUCCAAUCAGAGCCUUCUGUUACUGCUGGUACUAGCCAAUCUGACAGAUGGACCUGACUGGCCCAACCCCUACCGCCAGGCUAUUACUUGUUUCAGAAACACACAAGACACAUCAUCACUGCCUGUGGAGCAACCUCACACUUUCCAGAUCAAUUUCAACAGUCUGUACACAGCUCUGUGUGAGCAGCAACGCUCUGACCAAGCCACACUACUACUGUACACCCUGCUUCACCAGAAUGCCAACAUGAGGACAUACAUGCUGUCAAGAACUGACAUGGACAAUCUGGUGUUGCCCAUCCUCGAGAUCCUUUACCACGUAGAGGAAAGAAAUUCUCAUCAUGUCUACAUGGCCCUCAUUAUUCUCCUCAUCCUUACAGAGGAUGAUGCCUUCAAUCGCUCCAUCCACGAGGUGAUAUUGAAGAACAUCUCAUGGUAUACAGAGAGGUCAUUGACGGAGAUCUCGCUCGGCAGUUUGCUCAUCCUGGUGGUCAUCCGCACCAUCCAGUUCAACAUGACCCGGACAAGGGAUAAGUACCUACACACCAACUGUCUUGCCGCACUUGCCAACAUGUCAGCCCAGUUUCGAUGUCUCCACCAGUAUGCUGCCCAGCGCAUCAUCAGUUUAUUUGCUUUGCUUUCCAAAAAGCACAACAAGGUUUUGGAGCAGGCAACACAGUCUCUGCGAGGCAGACAGGGAGACAACACAGCCUUGCCAGACUAUGCCCAGGACCUGAAUGUUAUUGAGGAGGUGAUACGCAUGAUGCUGGAAAUCAUCAACUCCUGCCUGUGCAACUCUCUACACCACAACCCCAACCUGGUGUACGCGCUGCUCUACAAGAGAGAGCUCUUUGAGCAGUUCAGGACGCACCCAUCCUUCCAGGACAUCAUGCAGAACCUUGACACGGUGAUAGGCUUCUUCAGUCAGCGUCUGGAGCAGGCUGGAAGUGACCUGUCAGUUGAGAGGGUUCAGGAGGUCAUCAUGAAAGGAGCCCAGGCUCUGCCCAAAGACAGACUGAAGAAGUUUCCGGAGCUCAAGUUUAAGUAUGUGGAGGAGGACCAGCCGGAGGAUUUCUUCAUCCCCUACGUCUGGUCCCUGGUCUUCAACUCUGGCGUCGGCCUGCACUGGAGCCCUCAUGGCAUCGAGCUGUUCAGCAUGGACUCUGGUUGAACGACUAGUCUCUGCAGAUUUUUUGUGUCUUCAUCUCCCUUCAGUAAACAAAAAAAAACGGACUGAUGGUGUGUGUGCGUGUGUGCGUGUGUGUUUUGGGUGUGUGCAUUACCCUUUAUAGUAUGUGCACGCUGCUUUGAAAGUGCCUCGACCUUGUACAGGAUGGUGUUUCUUUUUAUGCAGCACAACCUCUCUUCCCUCUCAUAUCAUAAUAAUUCCUCUGCUUCGACACUGUGAAGCUUCAUCUGGACUGUUCACACAGUAGCUCCCACUCAUGUGCAGUCAGUCCUCCAGCGAGUACUUGUUUAACAUUUGAGCAGCUUCACCUGGUUCCACAGCACAUGCUGAACUUCUGUUGUUGUGAGGAGCUCAGGACACUGGCGAUGGAUAAUCCUGCAUUUUUCUCUUGCUUACAAAGGAAAGGUCAAUUAAAACAUAUGCACUCAAGUGUUACACUGCUCUGGUGAACAUUCACGUAGCACUGCACUGAACGCUUAACAAUAGUUCCAGCUUGAUAUUUAAGACAGGCCACUUGCCUUGAGAGACACAACGUAGAUUUAAUUAAAAAUCCUUCAUUAUACUGAGUUUUCAGGGAGAUUAUCUCGUAAAUUAGGUUUUUAUUUCCACCACGCAUUGUUCUCUAAACACAACAGGUUUGUAUAAAUGGUUUGUGAAAUUAAAGAGUCAGAGAAAGGGAAUUUAUCACCGACAGAAGGUCCCCUGUUUAGUUGUGAUAUGCAGGAGUUGCAGACAGUGUUGCUGGUUGUUUAAUGCACCACAUUCAAGUACGGUUUAAUUAAAGCUUAAUUUCAGUCCCUGGAUAAUAUUAGCCGUCUGCAUCACUCUGAUUCAUGCGAUUUCAUUGUUGCUUCCAGCUCAUUUAUUUGACUUUACCCUGUCUUUGUCAUGAGCAUUUCUUUCCUGAUGAUAACCCAAGGCAAAUACUUAAACUAGGACAGUCAUUAAACCUCCUGUCCUAUUGUGCAUAA